AUGACAAAAGUUGUGGAGCCUCUUAUUUGUACAGACUGUAUUCGUCAAAAAUUUACGAAGUCAAGAAUUCCGGAUAAAGUGUUUCAACCUUCACCUGCAGAUCAUGAAAAAUAUGGUGGGGAUCCACAGCACCCUCAUAAACUGCAUAUUGUUACCAGAAUAAAAAGUACAAAGAGACAUCCAUAUUGGGAAAAAGAUAUAAUAAAUAUGCUUGGAUUAGAGAAAGCACAUCCUCCUCAAGUUCACAAGAACAUCCCUUCAGUGAAUGCAAAACUGAAAGCGGUUAAGCAUUUGAUAAGGAUCAAGGCCCUGAAGCUGCCACAGGGACUCCCAACAGAGGAAGACUUGCCUCAAGAGCACUGGAAUUAG